AGCAAUUUACGCAGCACGCUUCAUCUUAUAGGUAAACAUCCAACCGGUCUUUGUGAAAUCUGUCAGGUACCAGAAACCGUAGAACACGUUAUCAUUAACUGCAAUAAAUAUAGGUCGGAAAGGAAGGAUAUGAUGGAGGAGAUGGGAAGAUUGGGGAUAACAGGAGCAGGAUUGAGGAAUGUACUGGAGUGUGGUGCUAGUGGGCAGGGGAGGAGAUGUUUUAUUAACUACCUUCGGGGAACGGGACUGUCAAUGAAAGUGUGACAGUCAAUAAGCUGUAGGAGUUAACUUACUCCGCGAGAUGGCAGUAAUGCAACUUUCAAGGAUUCUAGCUGCCGGUAAACAACACCGAAGAAGAAGAAGAAGAAGUAGCCCGCUAGUAGUACGCAUUGCCAUGACUCCAGAUGAUUUGAAAUCAGAAUGGAGGAAGAGGCGAAGACAGACUCUCUUGCCCUGGAAUGCUUUAUGUCUGAUCACCAAGGCUUCUUUGGUAGCAUCAAAAACUCAACUAGAGACUUUGUAGUGACUGAAAUAAAUAUCAGCGGUCAGUUAGUAACUGAAACAACUUUGUUGGAGCAUGUCACGCCUCAGCUCUCCGACGGCAGCGGACAGGUGUGCCUCGGUGGCGAAUUAAAGAUUGAGGGACAGGUCAGCACUUUAACGACAGACUGCGCCAGCGAGGAGACUGAUUCCACGCCGGGGGAACUUGACUGUGCCGUGGUAGACUGUCGUAACUCGGACACCACUGCAGCAUGCGACGAUGUUUAUGAUCUGGAAGGAGUUUUGGGUCAUGCCGUGAACGAAGCACUGGAGCAGUUUGCAGCAUCGGCGCGCGAUGCACCCCGACUGGUUGAAACUGCGAAGAGCGCAGAACUAUCCCUGGGCACGUUUCCAGAGAAACACCAGCGAGCCCUCGUGCAUCGCGCCGUGCGGCACUUCUUCCCCUUCUUAAUGACGCUGACGAACAAGACCGAGGUUCUGGUGAAGGAGGACCCCGAUUACGAAGAGCUGGCACGACUGGUUUCAGAGGAGGAGGCUGAAGAUUUCUUUCGGUUUAUAGACGCCAAAGUCCCGAAUGCGUCGUUCACGUUCGCGCAGGACGACAGCAAAGAGCACAGGAAGGCGGUGCAUCAUUUUCUCAGCAAACGUUUCGGUAAACUGGUGGAAACCAAGAGCUUUAGCGACGUCGCCGGUCAUGGCCUGCAGAAAACUUCAAUCACUGUGCGGUUCAGAGCGAGAUCAAAACCAGGCAAGAAGAGGACAGCUACCGAUUGUCAGGAAGAGUGUGCUAUUUACACAGGGUUCACGCUGCGGAAGGAGAACCUGGAGACGCUGGAGGCGAUAGGCUACAUGGCCGCUCUGCUCGGCGUGCUCCCGUCGGACUUCACCUACGCCGGCAUCAAGGACAAACGGGCCCUGACGCACCAGUCCAUGGUGGUGAAGAAGAUCUCCCCGGAGCGGCUGACGCAGAAGAGCCCCGAGUUUGAGAAGAAGGGGAUCCAGCUCUCUCACAUCCAGCCCGUCUCCCAGCCCCUCCACCUGGGCAGGCUGAGGGGGAACCGGUUCCAGCUGGUCGUCAGGGACCUCCGGCCCCACGGGCCCGGCUCCGGCGCCGACCUGCCGCGCCUCGUCCGCGAGGCUCUGGACAACGUCGAGGCGAAGGGCUUCGUGAACGCGUACGGGCCCCAGAGGUUUGGCGCUGGCCAGGGCGUGAAGGCGGACCAGGUUGGGCUGGCCCUUCUUAAAGGGGAAAUGGUGACAGCUGUCCGGCUGUUCUUUACUCCAGACGAAGGGGAUGACCUCCAGAACAGGGCCAAGAACCACUUCCUCCAGACAGGCAACGCCAAAGAGAGCCUGGCCCUGAUGCCGGGGCACAAGGUUCGAGAGCGGCUGGUGCUCCGCGCCCUGCACCGCUACGGGACGGGGCGGGAGGGGUGCGCCCGCGGCUGGCUCAGCCUCCCCCACGGCACGCGGGCCUUCUACGUCCACGCCUACUGCAGCCGCGUGUGGAACGGGGCCGCCGCCUUCCGCCUGUGCCGGCUGGGCCGCGGGGCCGCCGCCCUGCGAGGCGACCUGGUCUGGACCCGGGAGGGGCGGGGGCGGGGCCAGGGCGGGGAGCAGACUCCCCAAAAGGUUCACGUUGUGACGGCCGCAGAAGAGGCAGAAGGUGUGUUCUCCCUCAGUCAGGUGGUUCUGCCCAUGCCCGGGAACGCCGUGAAGUACCCGGAGAAUGCGCUGGGGCCCUGGUACCGGGAGAGGCUGGAGAGGGACGGCUUGCGCGACUGCAGGUUCCGGGUCACUCCCCUCAAGCUGAACGUCCCGGGCUGCUACCGCCCCCUGCUGGCGUACCCGCGGAACCUCACGCGCCGGCUGCAGGGUGUCCCGGGCGGCGGACCUGCGGAGCGCGACGACCCGCUGGCGCCCCCCGCAGGGCCCAGCCUGGCGCUGUCCUUCGACCUGGACGCCUCCUGCUACGCCACGGUCUGUCUCCGGGAGAUCAUGAAGUGCGACCCGUGAGGCGAGCAACCCCCCCCCCCCCCCAUCCAGUGCCAGCUCGAAAAACUUCAAACGACAUGGAUUCUCAGGUGUCCGUUUCUGCAUCGUUCUGGACACAAUUGCAGAGGCGCCUGUACGUACGGACGGGCGCGUCACGCGUCACUUC